UUUUGGAUAUUUAGAGACCACUCACUCACUCAUCCUCGUUGGCUUGUUUUCACACUCACUACUCACUAGAUUCAACUGACCACUUCCAUUGAAACCAAACCAGUGGGAGAAAACAAAGACAGAAAUAAGUGUUUUUUUGGUUUAGUCGUGUAAUAUCUGAGUUAUGUGGCUAAUGAGGUUUUUAGUGUGUCUUUUAUCGGAUAUAUAUAUUGUGAUCUGGGUUUUUGUUAGGGUUUAACAGAAAAAAAAAAAAAAAGACAAAGAAAGAGAAGGGGUAGUAGUGGAAAAAACAAAAGUCGUAGUCUUUCUCACAUACACAGAUCCCCAUAAAAUGCUGGGGUGCUCUUCAUCAGCAUAAGUUGCUAGUUUUCAUUCUUUUUGUUUAGUUUAAAGAGACCACCGAUCUUCUUGUCUUUAGAGAAACAAUGGGGGCUUUUUAUUGUUUUCGUGAAGUUCAUAGAAUAUAGGGAGAAUUUUUGUUGUGGUUUUAGGCAAGAGUUUCGUAGCUAGACAACAAAAGAAAGAGAAAAAAAAAAUAAUAAGAAAGAAAAAGGGCCUAAGUAAGUUUUUCAAAGGGGAAGUGAGGCAAAGAGAUUUUGAUAUGAUUAGUUUAUUUUGUUCCAAUGAUUGAGUUGCCUUUCAGUGGUAGAGACUACUGAAGUGUGUAAAAACCUUUGUCACUAAGAAAAGAAAAAAAAGAAGCAGAAAGAGAGAGAGAGAGAGAGUGGAAAGAAGAGACGAUGAAAGCCAUGGAUGAUCAUAAUAGUAAUGAUAAUAAUAAUAACAAUAGUGGAAACCACACCGACAACUGGUUAGGGUUCUCUGUUUCUCCCCAAAUGAAAAGGGAGUUCACUUCUUCUUCUACUACACCUAUUGCUGUCUCUAACUCUGUUCCCACCAGCUACUACCUCCCCCCUUCUCAAUUCAAUUGCUCUGGACUCUGUUAUGGGGUUGGUGAAAACGCUGCGUUUCAGUCACCUCUCUCUGUAAUGCCACUCAAGUCUGAUGGCUCCCUUUGUAUCAUGGAAGCUCUCUCUAGAUCACAACCAGAAGGAAUGAUGCCGAGUUCAUCUCCGAAGCUUGAAGACUUUUUAGGAGGUGCAAGCAUGGGAAGCCAUGAGUACGGAAGCCAAGAGAGACAAGCAAUGGCCUUGAGCUUAGACAGCAUCUACUACAGCCAAAAUGUGGAGUCGUCUGAUACAAACAGAGACCCUCACCAUCAUUCACUGGACCUUCUCCAACAGUCCUAUAGGCAACAAAACCAUCAGAUUCCGUACUACUCGGAAAUCCAUUGCCAUGGAGUAUACCAAACGACACAACUUGGGGAACAAGAAUCUAAGCAAAUCCACAUUCCGGACUGUACAACCACUACUACUGAUUCCCAUAUAACCCAAAAGCCACCGGAGGAUCACCAUUCUGGAAUGCCUUGCCUGAAAAACUGGGUUGUAGCUAGGCAAUACGCUGGUCACCAUUCCAUUGACCAUGCCGUGAACCUGGUCGACGCGGACAGCGGCGGCGGAGGAGGAGCUACUGGGUCUGUAAGGGCACUCAGCUGUGGAGAGCUACAGUCUCUUACGCUGUCCAUGAGCCCCGGGUCUCAAUCUAGCUGUAUUACAGCUCCAAGACAAAUAUCACAAACUGGGACAGAAUGUAUGGUUAUGGAGACGAAGAAAAGAGGCCCAGGAAAGGUCGGCCAAAAGCAAACUGUUCAUAGAAAGUCCAUUGACACGUUUGGCCAGAGAACUUCACAGUAUCGAGGUGUCACAAGGCAUAGAUGGACAGGAAGAUAUGAAGCUCAUUUAUGGGACAAUAGUUGCAAGAAAGAAGGGCAAACCCGAAAAGGAAGACAAGUGUACUUGGGUGGCUAUGACAUGGAAGAGAAAGCUGCAAGGGCUUAUGAUCUUGCGGCCCUUAAAUAUUGGGGAGCUUCUACUCAUAUUAAUUUUCCGUUGGAAAAGUAUCAGACAGAGCUUGAAGAAAUGAAGAAAAUGACCCGUCAAGAGUAUGUUGCGCAUCUGAGGAGGAAAAGCAGUGGAUUUUCUAGAGGGGCUUCAAUGUACAGAGGUGUAACAAGGCAUCACCAACAUGGAAGAUGGCAAGCUCGGAUUGGCAGAGUAGCCGGAAACAAAGACCUAUAUCUAGGGACAUUUAGUACACAAGAGGAGGCAGCCGAAGCUUAUGACAUAGCUGCCAUAAAAUUCCGCGGAGUCAACGCGGUCACCAACUUUGACAUUACAAGAUAUGACGUGGAAAAAAUCAUGGCUAGUAACACGCUUUUAGCUGGGGAGUUUGCCAGGCGAAACAAAGACAUAGAGCGAGUCCCAGAUCAGGCCGUUGAAUACAGCCCUUCACAACAGAUCAACGGUGGUAGUGUUUGUGAAACCAACGUAAUGGAGGGUCACAAGGGUCACAACAACAACAAUAACGCCAACGGUUCAGACUGGAAGAUGGCUUUGUACCAGUCUACCCCAAAUCUUGAGUAUCUUGAUCAGAAGUCGAUAAGCUCAGCAAGCUAUCCAAACGCGUCGUCGUCGUCGUUUUCGAUGGCGUUACAAGACCUUAUUGGUCCAGUGAACUCGAGCAAUAGUACUCAACUGAUGGUGGAUCAUGACUCGGCCGACAAGCUAGGGACGACUCAUUUUUCGAACCCAUCUUCGCUUGUGACUAGUCUGAGUAGCUCAAGGGAACCAAGCCCAGAUAAAAAUAAUGGGCCCGCAAUGGUCUUUGCUAGGCCCCCAUUAGCGUCCAAGUUUAUCAGUCCAACUGCUGGUAUCAGUUCUUGGUUUCAGUCAGCAGCAGCAGCGGCCCAGUUAAGGCCUGCGUCGAUCUCAAUGGGACACUUGCCUGUGUUUGCAGCUUGGAAUGAUACCUAAACAAAAAAUAAUGAUGGGUUUCUAUAAUUUGAACACGUAAAGUUUUUUUUGCAUGUAGAACCAAAAAAAAAAAAAAGAAAGAGAAAAUAUUAGCGUUGUUAUGUUAGAGAGGGAAAAGGAGGAGGAAAAAGAAAGGGCAGUCGAAGAUUUCAAUUAUGUUUUUAUUAUGUGGUGUUAAUGGAUCAUUGGGUUGAGGAGGUAGACAAGGAUGGGGGCCACUUUAAGUGUCUGUAACCAAAGUGUUGGAAACUUUUAUCAAUACCGAACCUUUUUUGGGUUCAUAUCGAACUGAAAGAUUUUGCAAAAUGGAGGGAAAAAGAAGAUUAAUGCUAUGCGCCUAAUGAUUAAAAUCUGUGAUAUGAUAUUUGCAAUAUGGGAGUGACCCACCUUC